GCGCCUUUGCCCAGUGUAAUGAUGUGUUGAGUACAUGUGAAAUUAUAGUUCUCUUCCUUUCUUGUGAGUCCGUUCUUUGAGUGAACUGAAAAUCAUGGCUGCGGCUUUAACUCGCUAUGUAGGUCGCAUUUUAUCUCGACCGACCGCUCCGAUGGGUGGUGUAUCGGUAGAAAAUGGUGGCGUUCACGUUCCCUGGUUGACUUCAGUGAUGACACUGAGGACGUCUGCUCCCCUCAGUGCGGAGCCCAAGAAGAAGAAGAAAGUAGACCCCAGAAGAGAGCAGGUGAUGAGGGAGAGGCUGAAGAAAAAGUUGAAAAAGUUGGAGAGGGUUCCCCCCGAGCUGAUCCCAAUCGAGGACUUAAUCACCCCAACCAAAUGUUUGGAUGAGACCAGGGUCCGCUCCGCUCCUAGGCUGUCGUUUGAUGAAAGUGAAAGUCGAGCUCUGCUGCUCAAAGAAUGGGGUCGAUACAAACAUGAGCAGCACUUGGCUGAGAUGCAGGCCAUCCAGCUUGCCCUCAAAGCCCAGAAAGAGGCACUGGAUGAGCUCAAGACUGAAUCAGAGGAGCUCUACCAGGCAGCGCUGCAACCAGACCCUCUCAUGUUCCCCUUCUCCCACGAGGGCCCCGCUUACACACCGCCAAAGCCCAACUACGAAGCACCCGACGGGAAGUACACCGACAUCACUAAAGUCUACACACAGUGAUGUGCGGUGCAUAUAGUUUAGUGUUUUAUUUUCCAGGGGAAAAGGAACAGUUGUCAUAAACGUACAACUAUGGGAUCGACAAUGUGCGCAACAUGAUGCAAACAUGUCAUUCAAUGAGGUUGGACUUGUCACAUUUGUUUGUUUUAUUUUGUCUUAAGGACCGACGCGCUACACAUUGCACAAAAAACAGCAAUAAGGAAUAACCUGAGUUAAAUUCCCAAGUGUUUAGUACUUUAACACUUGUUGUAUGUUGUGAGAGGGAAGAAAUUUCAUCUGUGCUGUAUACAGCACAUUUGACAAAUUUGUACUUGAUACUUAACUUGAACACCUCAUUCUUUUGUGAUAUAUACAGUACAGCACUGUGCAGUGACAAUAAAGAUUCAAAUUCUA